AUGAGUUACACUCCUAGUUUCCUCUCGUUACUCCCUCUGUCCUUUUGGCCUCUUUCCCUCGUCAUGUUUUUUCUCUUUAUGAUAAUUAAAUCUCUAAGAUAUCACUUGAUGAAUACGAAGCCAAAACUACCAAAAUUGCCCCCAGGUCCCAAACCAUGGCCUAUAGUUGGCAGUCUUCCUGAAAUGCUUGCAAGCAAAUCUCCAACUGAGUGGAUACACAAAACUAUGGAAGAAUUCAACACUGAUAUAGCAUGUAUUCGCCUAGGAAAUGUCCAUGUUAUCCUUGUCAAUUGUCCCACAAUUGCUCGUGAAUUCUUCAAAAAACAUGAUGCUGAUUUUAUAUCAAGACCAAAAACCAUGGCCACUGAUAUCAUCACCAAUGGCUACUUGACUUCAGCCCUUGUACCCUCCGGCGAACAAUGGAAAAAGAUGAAGAAAAUUGUUGCAAAGGAUUUGCUCUCUCCAUUCAGACAUCAAUGGCUUCAACAAAAAAGAAACGAAGAAGCCGACAAUCUUAUGUUUCAUGUGUUCAACAAAUGCAACAACAGUGAACUUGUGAAUGUUAGGAUUGCAGCACAACAUUAUUGUGGUAAUGUUUUUAGAAAAAUAUUUUUCAGUACAAGAUACUUUGGAAAUGGUGAGAAAAAUGGAGGGCCUGGUGUUGAAGAAAUAGAACAUGUUGAUGCUGCUUUCGAAUUGCUUAACCAUAUUUAUGCUUUCUCUGCAUCUGAUUAUAUCCCAUGGUUGAGAUUGUUUGAUUUUGAUGGACAUAAGACCAAGGUAAAAAAUGCAAUGAAGAUAGUAAACAAAUAUCAUGAUUCUCUCAUUGAAGAGCGAAUCAAACAAUGGAAAGAUGGAUCAAAGAAUGUUGAAGAAGAUUUGCUAGAUGUUUUGAUUUCUUUAAAAGAUGUCAAUAAUAAUCCGUUAUUGACAACGAAGGAAAUCAAAGCUCAAACUAUUGAAUUGAUGAUGGCAAUGAUAGACAAUCCAUCAAACGCGGUUGAAUGUACAUUGGCUGAAAUGUUAAAUCAACGCGAUUUAUUAAAAAAAGCUAUAGAAGAAUUGGACAAUAUAGUUGGAAAAGAUAGGUUGGUCCAGGAAUCAGACAUUCCUAAACUCAAAUUCUUGAAUGCUUGUGCAAGAGAAGCUUUUCGCCUCUAUCCCGUAUCUGCUUUCAAUCCUCCCCAUCUUUCGACGAAAGAUACAAUAGUUGAAAAUUUCUUCAUACCAAAGGGUAGCCAUGUAUUGCUUGGAAGAACUGGUCUUGGAAGAAAUUCAAAAGUUUGGACCGAUCCUUACAAAUUUCAACCAGAGCGUCAUCUCAAAAAUGAUGGACAUGAUAUAUCUUUGACAGAGCCGAGUUUAAAGUUCAUAUCUUUUAGUACAGGAAGACGUGGUUGUCCUGGUGUCAAGCUUGGCACUACAAUGACUAUCUUUUUGUUAGCUAGGUUGCUCCAUGGGUUCACUUGGAGUUCACAUCCCAAUUUAUCAAAAAUCAAUCUUGAUGAGCCACUGACGCUUGUAGCAAAGCCACGACUAAAAAUAGAUUUGUAUAAUUUUUGA